UCGCCUGAUUAUUACAUUUUAUUACAUGAAAGCUGACAAUGCCUUUUUUUAUCGCUUGUAGGAUUGUUUUCCGCAAUGAAAGACACCCACAAAUGACAAUUUUGUCUAUUUUUCAUGAGAUUUCUAUGAGUUUUCAGGAGAUUUUAAUAAAUUCAGGAGAUUUCCAGGAAUUUUUCGUAUUUAGCCUAUUUUGCAAUUUAAUAAUUACACCUAGAAUUAGCGCGGGGCCUAAGAAAGCGCGGGGCCCAUUGCGACCGCAUAGGUUGCAGUGGCCUAAGAUCGGCCCUGCCUGUGUAUAUGUUAAUAAAAGUAAUGCCACACUUGUACACCCUGUUUCGACCUCUGUAAAUUUAGCUAAAUGCUUAUAAUUCUAUUUCUACAGUUUGGGUCAAUAAUCUAUUCAACAAUGGAACUGUUGUAACCAUUGAAGGUCAAGAUGUAGAUAUCUCACUAGAUUAUGUUGUUUUUUCAAAUUCUACGUCAGAAACGGGAGAGAACUGUGUAAUUAUUAACAGCUACGGGAUGUCAAGAUCAUCUUGCUUGAGGCUCAAUCAAUUUAUUUGCCAAUACAGUUCACCUUGUAGGAAUGACAAUGGCAUAUUGAAUGUAUUGUAUAAAACUAUAACAGUCGACAGCAAAUGUUUUGUACUGUUUAGUGUUUCAGUUUGGACAAUUUAUGCAGCCUCAUUUGCGUGCACUUUACGAGGGUGGACGCUGGCUGACUUGGACAAUGCAAAUGAAUUUCAAAGCGUUGUUGAUGAAAUAAAGAAGCAAUUCACACUUGUAUCCUAUAUGUAUCAUCCUGACUAUUAUGUCAGUUCAGCUCGUGAGUAUAAUGUAAUAAGUUCUAUCUACAAUGUCAACAAUUCAUGUGGGUCACUCAGCCGAAAUACAAGUCAUCUCUUAAUUGAUAAUUGUUCAAAUAAAUUACCUUUCAUCUGCCAAAUAGAUAAAGCAACUGAUUCACUAACUACUAGUACACUUGCGACGUUAAGUGCACCUGCAACGUUAAGUGCACCAGCUGCGUUUAGUGCACCUGCGACGUUGAGUACAACUGCUACGUUUAGUUCACCUGCAAAGUUAAGUGCACCUGAUACGUUUAGUGUGCCUGCAACGUUAAGUGCAACUGAUAGCUUUAGUGCACCUGCAACGUUAAGUGCACGUGAUACAUUUAGUGCAAUGGCAAGGUCUGGCGUAUCUGAGACGUUUAGUGCAAUCACAUCUUCUGGCACAUCUGCUAUGUUUAGUGCACCUGCAACAAAUAGUGCUACCGUUACUGCAUCAAUAUAUUCUCACAACUCUACAUCUCCACAUACAAUGGAAUAUUCUCAAACAUUUCCAACUUCGACUGCCUCUAUCCACGUCAAUAGCUCUCCCGAUAUACAUCCAUCUGUAGACACUGCUUUUACUGAACUAGUUGCCACGAAAUUUACCACCAUCCGCACAACUGCCAUCACACUUGAGUCUUCGCGUGGAGAAUCCACAAUACUUGGAGCUACAAAAACAAUGGAACCUGGAACAUCUGUUUUACAAACAGGUACAAAUAAGAUUAUUUCAACUCAAACUUCUAACAUUCUUACAACAAUAUCGACAGCAACAAAAUAUUUAACCAUCUCAGAUACUGCAGGUUCUGUUGUGCCAAAUUGUUCCAUUACCAGCACUCCUACUGUAUACAUCACUGCUUGCGAGAGGACAACAGAGUGUGCAUCCUUGGUUUCUCAAACAUUAUCUGGGAAUCACACUCCAGGCGAUGUUGAUCUCUAUGUGGUAGACAAACAUAACACUUCAGCUUAUAGAAGAACUAAAGAGUCAGAACCGGACCAUCGAAUCUCCUCAACAAUGAUUGGUGGUUUUGGCAUUGUCGUCAUGUCAUUUGUAUUCGCACUUCUGGCCUCCGCAGAUUUAAAAUAUCUGGCCAGAUUGUGUCCUAAGAAUAAGACUGGCCAGAUAGAAAGAAAUGAAUACAGAGAGUACAAUUCUUAAUUAAAACUUGAACUAGAAAAAAAAACACUUUAUGCCUACUAAUUUAUAUUUUUAUAGAUACGUUAGUCUGUGUAGAUUAUUAUAUAGGGCAUUUAACAAUCCAUGUUAAUUAACUAGUGUAGUAAAAGUACAUUUUAGCUCUAACUCUAAAGUUAACUCAGUUGUAAACAUUAGCGGUAAGGGAGAUGUUGGCUAUGAGAGAUUUGUACCCCCCCACACACACACACACACUGAAAUUCUGCUUCACAAAUUACAGCCUGUGUCAAUUAUUACUUAAAAUUUGAUAACAAAUGCUACUUGAUAUAAUUGUAACAAAUUCUUGUAAUGUGCUGCUCUCACUGUCUCUAUAUCUCAAGUGACUAAAGUAGGUCAACAACAAGUCAAGAACUAGAGGAUACAGGCUGUAAAUAUAAUACAUGAAAAAGUAGACGAGGGGACAACAAUGUUAAAGUCUGACAAUAGUGGAGACAUAGACAUAAAUAAAUAUCUAUUUAUGUCUAUGAGUGGAGAAUUUUUUUAUUAAUAAAAAUAUUUUGUUUCAUUAAAUUGCCAAAUCUUUAUUUUUUUUUGUGUAAAUACAUCAGAUGAUGUUGGAGGAUUUUUCCCCUCUUUUUCAUUAAAAUAUAUAUAUGUAGUUCGUCCAUGGAGGAUUUUUCCCCUCUUUUUCAUUAAAAUAUAUAUAUGUAGUUCGUCCAUGGAGGAUUUUUCCCCUCUUUUUCAUUAAAAUAUAUAUAUGUAGUUCGUCCAUCGUGAUUCGAUGAUGACCACUUUGUCAUCCAGGGGGCUGAGGGCUUUGCACUGGGGUUUUAUGCCUCCUCAUGUGGCUGGUGAGACCUAUGUGAGCCCGGAAUGUUCGGCCGCACACUGGGCAGGUUAUUCCAGCUGGAGCUAGUGUCGUGGGCCUUGCUUUUCUUUUCUGGGGUUUUUCUUCUGCCAGCAUUGUUCUUUUUUCCUCAGCAACCUGUGCGCCAGUUUUCACAGCGCGACGCCAUGAUGCUCUGUCAUGUGCCUCUGUCUCCCAGGUGCCUGGGUCUAUGCUGAACGCCUUCAGAGAAGCUUUGAGGGUGUCCCUGAAGCGCUUUCUUUGACCACCUUGCGAGCGCUUUCCUUCGCUUAGUUGGCCAUACAAGAGUCGUUUAGGGAUGCGGUGGUCUUCCAUUCUGUAGACGUGUCCUGCCCAUCGCAGCUGGGACUGCAUCAGGAUUGUGUGGAUGCUUUGCAGACACGCUCUUCGAAGGACUUUGUAUCUGGUAUUUUGUCUUGCCAUUUGACAUUUAGUAUUUUUCUCAGACAUGUCAUGUGGAAGUGGUUUAGUUUCUUUGCAUGUUUACUGUACACUGUUCAUGUUUCUGAGGCAUAGAGCAAUGUAGGGAGAAUGACGGCUCUAUAGACCCCUAGCUUGGUGUUUGUGGUGAUACCACGUCUGUUCCAGACAUUUGUAGACAGUCUGCCGUAGGAUGCACUGGCCUUGGCGAUACGCAGGUCGAUUUCACUAUCGAUUUUUCCUUUUCUGGAGAGUGUGCUGCCAAGAUAUGUGAAUUUGUCCACUGCGUUUAUAUCCUGUCCAUUUAUAGUAAUGCUUGGAUCCGAGUAUGCUUUCCCAGGAGCAGGUAGAUAUAAGACUUCAGCAGUCUUGUUCGUAUUGAUGGUAAGGCCAAAGUCUGAGCAUGCUCUUGAGAAGUCACUGACGAUGCUCUGCAGAUCGUUUUAGGAGCAGGCAUUUAGGGCACAGUCGUCAGCAAAUAGCAAGUCUCUGAUUACUGCUGCGUUUGUUUUUCUUUUUGCUUUAAGCCGCCUCGGGUUGAAUAGGCCACCAUCAAAUCUGUAUGAUAUAUUCAUCCCGUUGUUUUCUCUAUUUGUGAAUGCAUCUGUCAGCAUAGCGGAGAACAUGAUACUGAACAGUGUAGGUGCUAGGACACAGCCUUGUUUUACCCCGUUUGAUACUUCGAAGGGCUCUGAUGGUUCUCCACUUUCUUGGACACGAGCCUUCAUGCCAUCAUGAAAUAGUCUCACCAUGGUUAUGAAUUUUUGUGGACAGCCAUACUUUGACAUGAUUUUCCAGAGCCCUUCUCUGCUAACAGUGUCGAAUGCCUUUGUUAAGUCGACAUAUAUUGAGAACAGGUCAGCAUUUUGUUCUUGGCAUUUUUCCUGGAGCUGCCUUGCUGCAAAGAUCAUGUCAAUGGUUCCACGCUCUUUUCUGAAGCCGCACUGGCUUUCUGGUAGUAGACCAUAUUCUAUGUGUUGCAUGAGCCGAUUUAGUAGGAUGCGUGCAAGGAUUUUCCCAGCAAUAGAGAGAAGAGAUAUUCCUCUGUGGUUGUCGCAGAUCUGGCGGUUUCCUUUUCGCUUGUAUAGAUGAACAAUUGUGGCAUCUUUAAAGUCUUGUGGUAUUGAUUCUUUUUCCCACAUUAUUAAGAAGAGCUUAUGAAGUCUUUCAAUCAGGGCUAGUCCACCUUUUUUGUAGACCUCUGCAGGAAUGGAGUCAGCUCCUGGGGCUUUUCCGCUUGUGAGCUGUUGAAUGGCAAGAUCGGUUUCCUUUAGCGUAGGGGGGUCAUCCAUUUUUUCAUUUAUUGGUACUUGCUGUAGCCUGUCUAUGGCCGCUUCAUUUAUGAUGGAAGGUGUAUUGAGAACCUUUUCGAAGUGCUCUGCCCAGCGUUUUAGGAUUUCUUCCUUAUCCUUAUCAUUAAAAUAUAUUGUAAUAUUAUAAAUUCAAGUCUUCAACUGUUGUUUCAUUUUUGAAUAACAAUAUUAAUGCAUUGCUCGAGGUAUGUUUUGAUCACAGCUAAAUUAAAUGUACUAUCAUACGAUUUCAUUUCAUUAACUAUUGUGUAGUCUUUUAUCUUUUUAGAAUAUGAACAUGAACAACCACUAUUAAAAAGUUCAAUGAAAACUGCAGAUAUUUAGACUGACAUAUCAAUAAUUUCCAAAAAACAAAGUCCCAUGCCCCACAUUAGUGAAUGUCUAAAAGAGAUUAGCCAAAUCUUUUCAACUGAAAUCCAAAAGGUCAUGGUACUUAAGUACUCACUUUUCUUGAUGCCAAAUAUUGUUGUUUGAAAUCCUAGAUGUGAUUUAUUAAACAAUAAAUAAAUGAGAAGACCAUUGCAAUGUUAGUGGAAUACAUUUAUUCAUGGCUACAUUAAACUAUUAGGUGCUGACAAAAAGAUUUGAACUCAAACUGAUAGCAACAUAAGUUAUUGACUACUAUAGUUAUAGCAUGACAGAGGAGCACAGACAGUAUCUAACAACUGUUUGUUAUUGAACCAUUGCUCAGACCUGGUGAGUGCAAGCAAUGGGAAUAGACAAUAAGAUCUUUGUUUAUACAUCACAAGCCAAUGUUUCAUAACAUUACUAUAACAACAUCUCUCUGUCUCAAAAUAAACUCUUGAUUCUGACAGAGAACAAAUAUGAACUAUAGCUAGUGGUACAUACAUUUAAAAAAUACUCAUAACACUAAACUGACUGUUCCAUAGAAAUGAAAGGCAAAUUUUUAAGUGCCCAAUAACAAAUGGGGAAAGCAACAGAAAAUCCCAACCCAAACAACUUGUGGGGCAAGCCAAACAAAUAACAUCCUAUGUGAUGGAGGCAAUGUAGGUAGGUGACUGCAUGGUCUUUGAAGGACAAAUUGAGAGAACAUAUUUUAUCAAAUCAUCUAACAGAACUUCUCCAUCAGGCAUUGUGUUCCACUAAGGAGACUACACAACAGAAAGGUUUACAAAUGCUGAGAUAUAUUCAAAUGGAAACUAAACAUGGUACAAGGCCUUUUCUAAAUGAGUCUUACAAAAAAGAAAUGACACAUUAGUAAUAUAUGUACAAACAUCACCGAAAAUCAUGUUCUCAGUCUCAGACAUAGAUUUUCUUCAAAUAAAAAAAAACAUAAUAAAAUUGUCCACAUUAAAUACAAUCAUUUUGAGCAGA